AUAUACCAGCAGAGCCAACCCAGGAAAGCCUCUGGUAAAGAUAUUGAGACGCUUAGCAACAAAUGUAAGGAGAAAGGAGGAGAAAUAGGCGGUGAAAAAGGUUGUUGAAAGUCUAUCUUGGCAGAGCGAAAGAGCGAGAACGAUGGACGGCAAUUGAUUUCGAUACAUGACAGAGGAAAGUGAUGGAGAGGAGCAAGUCAGGCAGUAUAAACUUCCCUGGAGGUCGGAAGGUAGUGCUGAAUCGUCUUGUGAAAAAGCUAGGUGCAAGGAUAGAGAAGAACGAGGAGGCUGGGGGUUUUAAAUCAAAAGAUAAACUUCUAUCAUGUUUGUCUCUGCUGGAGCCACCGCCAGAUGCU